GUAAAGUCGUACUUAAGCAUCAAUCUGUCAUACCAAUUGACUACUCAGCUCGUGUGCCUUGUUUCAAUGUGCGAAUGUGACAUUUGCGGUAUCAAUAACCAAACAGACUUUUUUUUUGUAAAAAAAUAGACCAAAAAAGAGUGUUAUGUACUUGUAAUCGUGAUGAUGAGCAAAACAAUUUUGAUUGUUAUUAAAUAAGAGAUAAGGGCGAUAAGAGGAGCAAUCUAAUUGGAGCUCUAUUUAAUUAAAAGGGCCACAUCAAAUACGUCGAAAUUGUAAAAAGAGUUAGAUCGUUGUGCGAGCCGCGUGUGAUUGCGAUAUCUUUUCUUCAGAAGGUUUUCUUCAAUGUUUUUGACUCGUGCACCGUUCCGUGCUUUGUCACGUCAGUUCCAGCAGAGUGUGAGAUGUUUGUGCGACAAAAAAGACAAAGAUGUCAAAACAACGGUGUGGCCGCCAGAGAAUAAAGAGAAGCGACUCGAAGAUUGGAAGGUGAUCGACAGUACGGAACUAAAGCCACCGCCCGCUGAAAAUCCAAUCACACGAACACAUCGUAUUUUGAAGGAUGAUAUUUUGCGGCUGAAAAAAUACAUACCAGGACUGGAUGGACGGACGACACGUCAAAAUGCCACAAUGUGGAAGCAUACACUGUUCGGCGAAGGUGAAGGUUUUCCCGAAGAGGAAUUUUUCCCAUCGCAUUGUGACAUCGUUAUCAUUGGUGGCGGUGCCAUCGGAUCUUCCAUUGCUUAUUAUCUCAAAGAACGCGCACGAGAGGGUCUUCGGGUUGUCGUACUCGAACAAGAUAAAACUUAUGAAAAAGCAUCCACAACACUUUCGGUCGGUGGCCUUCGACAACAAUUUUCGCUGGAGGAAAAUAUUCUAAUGUCAUUGUAUGCUUCGGAUUUUCUUCGAAAUAUUAAACAUUAUCUAGGCGAUCAUGUAAACGUAAAUUUUGUACCACAUGGCUAUUUAUUUUUGGCCACCGAAGAAGGUGCCGAACAACUGACACAGAAUUCAACGCUACAAAAUCGACUCGGAGCCAAAAACAUUUUACUCACGCCCAAGAAAUUGAAAGAUCGUUUCCCAUGGCUUAAUGUUAACGAUAUUGCUUUAGGUUGUUUCGGUUUAGAAAAAGAAGGCUGGUUCGAUCCUUGGAGUUUACUGAUGGGUUUCAAGCAUAAGGCACAAAGUUUGGGCGCCGAAUACAUUGACGGCGAAGCGGUUAAUUUUGAAUUCGAACAAAAUGAGCACAUUCAAAUCCAAGGCGUACCAUCGGGUGAAUACAAUUCGACCAAUAAUCUCAUUGUCAAAUUGAAUACGGGCGAAGUGAAGCGAAUCACAUUUGCUACUUGUAUAGUAGCGGCUGGUGCUUGGUCAGGACAUUUGGCGAAAUUAUUGAAAAUCGGCUCGGGUCCAGGCAUUUUAUCGGUUCCGUUACCCGUUGAACCAAGAAAGCGUUAUGUGUACACAAUAAAAUCACAAGGGCAAAAUCAGCCAUUGUUCAACUCUCCGCUGACGAUAGAUCCAAAGUCAACAACAUACUUCCGAUGUGAUGGUUUGGGUGGUAAUUUCCUAUGCGGCCGAAGUCCAUCACUUGAAGAUGAACCAUCCACAGAAAAUUUAGACGUUGACUACAGUUAUUUCGAUGAAAUGAUUUGGCCACACUUGGCACACCGUGUACCUGCAUUCGAGAAUGCCAAAGUAUGUUCAGCCUGGUCGGGCUAUUACGAAUUUAAUACAUUUGACGAAAAUGGCAUCGUUGGACUGCAUCCGUACUAUCACAAUAUUUACUUUGCCACCGGUUUCAGUGGACAUGGCAUUCAACAGUCACCAGCUGUUGGACGAGCCAUUUCCGAAAUGAUUUUACACGGUGAAUUCACAACGCUCGACCUGAGUCGACUCGGAUUCGAUAGGCUCAUGGUAGCCGAACCAAUGCUAGAACAGAAUAUUGUUUAAAAUUAUUGAAGAAAAAGAAAAUUAUGUUAAAAAAAUGGACUUAUAGUUUAUUGCUAGUGAAUCAUUAAUAAUGAUUAAACGAUUUUAAAAGAGAAUUUCUUAAUAGAAAAUUUGUUAUUGCUUAGGUUUUUAUUUUUACGAAAGAAACAAAAUUAUUCAAAGAAUGAAACAUUUUCCUGACAGUUUUUUUUUUUUUUUUUUUUUUGAAUCGAGAAAUUGAGAGAAAAUAUUAUGUUUUCCUAAAAAAUCAUCUUUUUAACGCAACGAAGUAUGCUUUGUAUUUUCUAUGGAGCAUAUUAAUCUAUAAUUGACUUUAAAAAGGCGGUUUUUGAAUGCUAAGCGAAGACAACUUCAACUCUUUUACGAUUUUUGCUCUUAUAGUUCUUUUGACAAUUUCAAUGGGUUUGGUUUAAAUAAAAACUUGUUAUUCAACAAACUCUCUCCGCUAUAAUACCGAUAUAAAGCGUUCUAAACAUCCUUUUAUUCUUGAUAACGUGAAUGCGUGUCAACCAAUUAAUUUCCGAUUUUUGACUGGGUAAUGGCUGACUGAAAAAUGAUUCUGUCGAAUAAAUUCUACGACAAUCAACGUCAAAAAUAUUUGCUUGAUAGUUAAUUUUAAGAAAAAAUAUCCAAAAUUAGUCAUCUGGCUGAAAAUAUCAGCUACAGUUAAACGCGAUUGUUUCUACACAAUUUUUUUUUUGAUUCAAUCAACUUAGCCAGUCCAAACUGUUAGCCGCUACACACAGCUGAAUGACUGUUGGUCAUUUCAAUCCCGAAGGGAAAAGAGUCGUUGAAUUUAUUGAAACUGGCCACAAUAAAAUGGUUGAUGAUACCCAUUAGAUUAUAUGCAUCAUACAUAAAUAUUAACAUUUAUUUUGUUGAUGGAAAUUUCGCCUGAUGAAAUAAAGCACGGCAAUAAAAUGAACCAAUAAUAAAUUGUUAUUAUUUAAUUAGGAGCUUGGUAAUUACUUCACUGGUCGAAUGAAAAAUUGUCAUUAUCUUUUGUUUUUGUAUGAUAAUAUUUUGGUACUGAGUACACAAUUUGUUGGUUAGAAAAAAGAAAAAAUCUCAUAUGAAUUUGCAAUAAAGAAAUUCUGAAUGAAAA